UUUUAAUGGUUCAGCUUCACUUUUCUUCUCAGAGGAAAACAGUUUGAGAAAAGAUCCUGACAGCGGCUGCUCGGUAAUCACUGGACCUUUAAUCGCUCUUUUAAUGACUUUGUUUGAAUCUUUCUUCACGAAUGUUUCGUUUUAUUACCGAUUUAAUCUCCGAUGAAAACCCUGUUUGUCCGCCUGGAAAUGAAACUUCAUUGAGGGAGUGAGACCGAACCGAGCCGAGUCCGAGCCGAGCCAGCCCGGAUCAGAGUCCCGCAGAAACAAUGACAAGAUGAUUGUGUUGAUUCUUAUGUUUUUACUUCGGAGUCCUGGAGGGAGCUGUGGAAACGGCGUGUUGUUCACGAAGCACCCGUCCAAUCUGACGGUGUCUCAGGGGAACGCUGCGAGGCUGGGCUGUGCCGUUCAGGGAGUGACAGAGCCGGACAUCGUGUGGAUGAAGGACGGAGAGAAACUCUACAGCACCGACCAGAUGUUCAUCACACUGGGAGAGCAGCACUGGGAGACUUACCACAG